AGUGGAGGCGGGGGAGGUGGUGGUUGCUUACCUGCUGGCUCAUCAGCUGCUGCCGCGGCCGCCUGGAACAUGGAUGAGCUGUACCAGCAGACAGAGCUGCCCGGCUUGACACGAAAUCAACACACACACCUGCUGCGCUUUACGCCCUACGCGUUGCAUCAACGUCCCCAGCUGCAGUCGCUGCCACCCGCCCUCUACCUGCAACAUGCGGCGGCCGCAGCAGCCGCCGCCGCAGCCGCAGCGGCAGCAGCAGCCGCAGCGCAUGCACAUCAUCAUCAUCACCAUCAGCAUCAUCAUCAUCUGCAGCAUCGCGAGAGUCCGCGCGAGAGUCCGCCGCCCGUGGAAGGCACGCACAUCAGCAAUCUCUUUCCGGAGCUCUUGGAGCAGAUCUUUGAGCAUCUGGAGGUGCGCGAUUUGGGCAGAGCGGCGCAGGUGUGCAGCGCCUGGCGGGAUGCGGCGUAUGCGAAGAGCGUGUGGAAGGGCGUGGAAGCCAAGCUGCAUCUGAAGCGUUCCAGUCCCAGUCUCUUUAAUUGCCUCGUGCGUCGCGGCAUUAAGAAGGUGCAGAUACUCUCUUUACGCCGCUCUCUUAAGGAUCUGGUGCUGGGCGUUCCGGCUUUAACUUCGCUCAAUCUCAGCGGUUGCUUUAACGUGGCCGAUAUGAAUUUGGGGCAUGCCUUUAGCGUGGAUCUGCCCAACUUGAAGACACUCGAUCUGUCGCUCUGCAAACAAAUUACGGACACAAGUCUCGGAAGAAUUGCGCAGCACUUGAAGAAUCUGGAGACACUGGAACUCGGCGGUUGUUGCAACAUCACAAACACGGGACUUUUGCUCAUCGCGUGGGGCUUGAAAAAGUUACGUCACUUGAAUUUACGCUCCUGCUGGCAUAUCAGUGAUCAGGGCAUCGGACAUUUGGCUGGAUUCAGUCGGGAGACGGCGGAGGGAAAUCUACAAUUGGAAUAUCUGGGACUGCAGGAUUGCCAGCGUUUGAGCGAUGAGGCGCUGGGUCACAUAGCACAGGGUCUAACCUCACUAAAGUCCAUCAAUCUGAGCUUUUGCGUUUCGGUGACGGACAGCGGACUGAAGCAUCUGGCCAGGAUGCCCAAGCUGGAACAGCUGAAUCUACGCUCCUGCGAUAAUAUCUCCGACAUUGGCAUGGCCUAUCUCACGGAGGGCGGCAGCGGCAUUAAUUCCCUCGAUGUCAGCUUCUGCGACAAGAUCAGCGAUCAGGCUUUAACCCACAUUGCCCAGGGACUCUAUCGCCUGCGCUCCUUGAGCCUGAAUCAGUGUCAGAUUACGGAUCAGGGCAUGCUCAAGAUAGCCAAGUCAUUGCACGAACUGGAGAACCUCAAUAUUGGACAGUGUAGUCGCAUUACGGAUAAGGGACUACAAACACUGGCCGAAGAUUUGACCAAUCUGAAGACUAUCGAUCUCUAUGGCUGCACACAGUUAAGUUCCAAGGGCAUCGAUAUCAUUAUGAAGCUGCCCAAGCUGCAGAAACUCAAUCUGGGUCUGUGGCUGGUCAGAUGAUGCGUUCACCAUGACUGUAAUGCCUGUGCCGCAGCUGAGGCACAGAAAAAGGAGCAGGCGAGCUAAAAAAGCAAACAUCCCAGCACGUGAGAUAGCAAGAGCUGCAGCAGGCAAGCGCAAAGAGUUGAGCUAUAGCUUUGUUUUCACAUACGAAAAGAGAGCGAAGCAAGCGUGCGCUCUCUUGAGUUAAGCCAUCAGCAGCAGGCUGAAAUUCGAAGGCUCAAAAAGCUUUGAGCGUACAGAAAGAGAGCACUUUAACUUACUAAGUAAAUUACACGCCAGGAUCGCUCUCAGCAAGUCGCUCUCUGUGUGCGUGUGUGUGUGUGUAAGUGUGUGCGUGUGACUUUUGUGACUUUUGCUGAGAGUCGCGUCUUCUUCUUUUGACUUUGUCUUCCUGCGUCUCCUGCUUUGCUACCUGCGUGCCGUGUUGCAUGUCUGACGUCUGAAGGCAAGGCACGUAAUUACACAUACCAGCAAACUCACUCACACACACACACACACAGGCACACACUACUAUAAGAUAAAAAACAAAAAAAAAAAAAAUAACAAGAUACAAGAUACACUGAAAACUCAUAGCUUUCGUUUGCCAUACCACACGCUGUACUAAAUUUUUUUCGUACGAAUCGAGUAGAAACAGAAACUGAAACGACAGAGAGCAAGAGCAAAAGAGAUGAAGAGAGAGAGAGAGACGCAGAGGCAGGCAGGCAGAAAACAACAAACGCCAACAACAAAAAGCAAACAAUGAACACAACAUACACACAUACAUAUAGACAGACACGUACAAACACAACGACGACGACAGCGACGUCAUGGAGCUGAAGCUCUCGCUCUGGAGCCAGUGUUGCCAACUAUCAACAUUUAAAGAUAGCUGGGAAAUCUGAAAGAAAGCCAGCUAAAAAGCUAUUAUACGAGGGUGUUUCAGAAAUACAAAGUAACUGACAACCGACCAACUCUUCAAGGUCUUUAAAAGCUAUUUCAACACUUCAAAACAGCUUUAAAAAAGCUAGAAAAUCAGCAACAAAAUCAGAUAAAAAGCCAUUGUGCAAAAGUGUUUCAGAAAUACAAACCAACCAAAAACUGACCAAUCAUAUAUUUUUGGUUGGUUUAGAUAUCCGGAACACCUCUGAUUAGGCUUGCGAAAAACUUUAGAUCUAGCGGGAAAAUAGCUGAGUUGGCAACACUGGCUGGGUCUGGUCUGUGUUGUGUUGUUGCCGCCGCAGGUUCCUAAGGCGCGCACUUCAUUGCGCUAGAGAGGGAGGAGGACAGAAGUUGCAGCGCAAGGGGGAGUCGCGUCAACUUACACGCACGCAGCGCAGCGACGGCGGCGGCGGCGAUAAAGAAAGAAAAAAGAAAAACAACAAAACGAGAAAAAAAAACACACGACUGCAGCGACGGCAGCAACAAAGUGCAUGGCGAUGGGGACGCGCGAUAAGCAGCGAGAGAGAGCGAGAGCGGUAGAGGGGGCAGCGUAAAGCACACACACGAUGCAUGCAUACAUACAUACACACAUGAGAAUGCGUGCUUGUGUGUGUGUGUGUAAUGCAGGCCGCAGUUAAACAGAUGCAAAUAAAUUUAAAUAGUUUAUUUUAAUUCACGCUUCGGCAACAACAGAAACACAAGCAAAAGCAAAAAAGCAACAACAACAAAAGCCAGCGGCCUCCAACGCUACAAAAACAACAACAGAACAACGCAGCAGCAAUGGCGGCAACUGCGACGCCAGCAGCGACGUCAACAGCGCUUUAAGCUUGCCCGCAACAACAACAACAACAGCACUGACUACAAAAAAAAGUUUGCUCUUUGUUGGCGUUCUCUCUCUCUCUCUUUGUUAGAAAUAUUUGUAUUUAUUUAUUUUUUUUCAAGAGAUUCUUUGUGUUUCUAGUUUUUUGUUUUCGUUUGUUACGAAUUUGUUUAGUGCAGCGUCGUUAGUUAUGCCGUUUAAUUUAGUUGAUGAUUAAAAUAAAAACAUGUUAAUAGUAGACACUUAACGGGAAUUCAUAAAUCUACCUUAAGUUUUAGUUCUUAGCUUGGUCAAAAAA